CCUUGCGUGAGGUGGAAGGAACUUCUAUUCUGAGAGAGGAAACCAACCUCAGAUUCUUGCUAGAAUUCCAGAGACGAAAUCUCUGUCUUCCAUCCGCCGUUUUCCAGUAAUCCAAAUUUAAACUCCAUUGUUUUCGCUCGUCUCUCCCCACCCACUAUCUCGCUCGCACUUCUCUCUGUUCCUCUACAUGGAGAACAUCAAGGAGAACAGCGGCGCCGGAGAUAAGGAUUUCAGCGAAAACCCUAACCCUAAUUCGAGUUUCAACUCCGCUGGUGAGGCGGACGGCGGAACUGCACCCGAGAUGGUGCCCCGCACGCCAAGUAGAACGCCUUUUACUAGCCUCAGUCAGCUUGACGCUGACCUUGCUCUGGCUCGCGCUCUUCAAGAACAGGAAAGGGCUUUUAUGCUACUGAGGAUGGACGGUAUUGACGGCAGUGAUUAUGUCAGUUCGGAUGGUGGGCGCUAUGAGGAGGAAAAACUGGAUGUGGAUCAUGAGCUGAUUGAUGAUGAAGAAGGCAGUUUGGAGGGGAGUGAUUAUGGGGAGGAUGUUUUUAAUGCUAAUGGGAGCGAUAUCAACUCAGCCGAUUUUGAAAACGAUGAGGUUUAUGCUAGGGCUGUCCAGGAUGUUGAGGAGAGGGGAAUUGCAGUUCGGUUGAUGGCCCUCGCUGGAUUGAAUGAUUGGGGCAUUGUAGAACAUGGAGAUCGUGGCAAUCAUCACCAAGAUGCAUGGCAAGAGUUCGAUCCUGAUGAACUGUCUUAUGAGGAGUUGGUUGCGUUGGGUGAGGUAGUUGGCACUCAGAGUAGAGGUCUUUCUAUUGAUACUAUUGCUUCUUUGCCUUCGUUCAGUUAUAAGGCAGAAGAUGGUGAAGAUAACAAUAGCGACCAAUGUGUGAUUUGCCGGUUGGAUUACGCAGAUGGCGACACUUUAGUUAUGCUUUCAUGCAAGCAUAAUUACCACACAGAAUGCAUAAAUAAUUGGCUUCAAAUCAAUAAGGUUUGCCCAGUUUGCUCUGCUGAGGUUUCCAGCAGCCGCGACCAAAAUGUAUGAAUGUUUUAGCUCUCAUCGCUAUUUGAGUUCUCUUUUGCUUCAAUUAUGAGGUACGAAGCAAGCUUUCGUCUCUGGUAGCCAUUAAUUUCUUUGUAGGCAUAUGAUUGUCAUCGUUAUUAUUAUUAUUUUUAUGAUUCAAUGUUAUAUGCUAUUUUUAUGUGCUGACCUUAACAGGCUUUUCUUGCUUGAAUAUUUUCUUGUGAUUUUAGUCAUUAUAAAUAGGUUUGGUUGCUUGAAUUGUGUCAUAAUUGUGUAAUAGAUUACUAUAAGAUCAUUUCAUUGGGUCAAGUUUUGGAA